AUGGCUUUGGUCCCGCACCCAUCACCACCCGGCGUGCUAGGUCUACAGCACGGUGGCCAUUUUGGGCAGAUCAAUGGUGCUGCUCCAGUCGACGCGCACACGCAAAGACAGCGCCUCCUUGGACAGUUAAAUGAAUCAACAUGGCAAAGAAUAGGAUCUUUAAACGAACUGCUUGGUGACCAUGAAGGUGCGCUUUUUGCAUACGAACAAGCACUUAGACACAAUCAAUGGUCUACCCAAACACUCAACGCUAUUUCUUGUAUCCUUCGGACAAAAGAGAAGUAUCCAGAAGCUAUGGAGUAUCUCAAAAACAUCCUGAAAGUGGAGCCUGCCAAUGGUGAAGCUUGGGGAAACCUAGGUCAUUGCUACUUGAUGAUGGACAAUCUCCAAGAAGCAUACACUGCAUACCAACAGGCUUUGUAUUACCUUCCAGAUCCAAAGGAACCCAAGUUAUGGUAUGGCAUAGGUAUCCUCUAUGACCGGUAUGGAUCACUUGAGCAUGCCGAAGAGGCAUUCUCUCAGGUUAUGCGAAUGCAACCAGACUUUGAAAAGGCCAAUGAAAUUUACUUCCGCCUGGGCAUAAUCUACAAACAACAACAAAAGUUUCAGCAGAGUCUCGAGUGUUUCAAAUACAUCGUCAAUGACCCGCCCAGACCUCUUAAUGAGGAAGACAUCUGGUUCCAGAUUGGUCACGUCUACGAGCAGCAAAAAGAUUUUGAAUCCGCCAAGUCAGCAUACCGUCGAGUUUUGGAGAGAGACCCCAAGCAUGCCAAAGUCCUCCAACAGCUCGGCUGGUUGCAUCACCAACAAAGCAAUAGCUAUGCAAGCCAAGAUCAAGCCAUUGAAUAUCUCGAGCAGUCAGUUAGCUCAGAUAAUCAAGAUGCCCAGAGUUGGUACCUUCUUGGCAGAUGCUAUAUGGCACAACAAAAAUUCCCCAAGGCAUAUGAAGCCUAUCAGCAGGCUGUGUACCGCGAUGGACGCAACCCGACUUUCUGGUGUUCUAUUGGUGUGCUCUACUACCAAAUCAACCAGUACCGUGAUGCCCUUGAUGCUUAUUCUCGUGCUAUCCGGUUGAAUCCAUACAUUUCAGAGGUCUGGUAUGACCUUGGAACUUUGUAUGAAUCCUGCAACAACCAAACUUCGGAUGCUCUUGAUGCAUAUGCUCGGGCUGCCGAGCUUGAUCCGACUAAUUCUCAUAUCAAAGCACGUCUUGCACUGCUGAGAAGCGGAGCUCCCACUGGUCCCAACCAACACAAUGCCCCGGUACCUCAAGAUGUACACCCGCAAGCCUAUCAGAAUGGAGUCGGUGUUCCUCCUGGGCCUCAAUGGGGUGGUGCACCAUCCGGAGCCGCCCAGCAAUCACAACCUCCACCUGUUGAUCCUGCCCGUGUCUCUGACUGGACCCGGGGCAUUGCCGGAAUACAACCACCACCGCAUCAGGCCAAUGGCUUUGAAGGACGAGAUGGCAUGAGAGCACCGCCGCUCCGCGCUCCAUCUCCACGACAAGAUGGUCCGCGCCCUUACGGUGAAUCUUCGCGUCAGACUCCUGUGAGAAAGAUGCAAUCUCCAUCACCCAAGAUGCAGCCAGCUGUUCCCGGCAUGUAUCCCCCUGGCCCACCACCAACCCUUCCCCAGAUAUCAAUGCAGGAGCGAGGACCCGCCUUUAAUGCAGGUGUACGACCUUCACCAACCAUGAACGGAGCUCCACCUCCCCAUACCAAUGGUGCCGGGAAUACUCUUCCACCUUACGGGAGGCCUUUCAGCCCACCUAGUGAGCUGAGACCGCUACGUGAUGACCGACCGACCUCACCAGGGUCAACCUUCCGCCCACAGCCUUAUCAAUCUGGACAACCAUUCCCAAGCAUCGCCAAUGGUGCUCCAUCACCCGCUCCACUCCCACCCGUUGAUCCUCCAAGGGACGAUCGCCCUCUCUCGGCCAUGAAAAGGACUCGCGAGUGGGAAGCAGAGCCUGGGCCUUCGAAGAAGAUUGCGAAUGAGGAGACACGAGCGAGACUGGAUGACCCAAGCCGUCGUAAUAGUCCACCAGGACGUCUUCCGACCCCGAAAGAGCAUUUCCGCCGUAGCUCUUCUGAAGUGCGUCGAGAGAAUGAACGUCGAGCGAAUGAGAACUAUCAUCCAUCGGAAGCCGCACAUCAUCCGUCAUACAGUCUACCUCCUCAACAGAAUCAACAAAUACCCUCUAUGCAAUCGAUAUUGGAUGGACCAAAAGAAGAACGCAAAGAGCACAUGGAGCAAGCCGCUCGGAAGGUUGAUGUAGAUGAGGACUACGAUAAUAACAGUGAAGACGACAAACGUGCAGCGGCAGCUGCAAUUAGUAGUCCGCAAGGGCUAGGACCACAGGCGUCGGCGAUUCCAAAGCCAGAAACCACUGUAUGA